GGUCGGGGUCGGGUCACACGUCAGCACUCAUGAGUGGGCUGCAGGGAGAUGCCGGCCCAGCCACUCACUCCUCACUCUGCUUCGACAUGGACAACACGUUCCCGGUGCUGCACGGCGUAAAGGACCUGCGUCUGGAGACGCACCCCAUCCCGGAACUUCGUGAUGAUCAGGUCCUGAUUCGCAUGAGCAAGGUGGGUCUCUGCGGGACGGAUAUAUCCAUGGUCUAUAAGGGCCGGACAGCUGACCUUGAUGUGACCUUUCCUACCGGCGUGGGUCACGAGGCUUCGGGGGUGGUCAGCAAGUGCGGCAAGGACGUCACGCAUGUCAAGCCUGGUGACCGCGUGACCAUCGAGCCCGGGAGCUUCUGCCGCACGUGUGACCACUGUCUCAGCGGGAGGUACAACGUGUGCGACAAGUCUAGCUUCCACGCGUCCGUCGCCAUGUACCCCGGCUGCCUGGCCCGCUAUUUCGUCUACCAGGGCCACCUCACGUACAAGCUGCCGGACUCCAUCAGUGAUGAGGAGGGUGCCAUCGUGGAGCCGCUGGCCGUGGCCGUGCACGCCUGCCGCCGCGCCGGGGUGUGGGCAGGGCAAAGCAUGCUGGUGACGGGCGCGGGUCCAAUUGGCCUACUCUGCCUCGUUGUUGCCAAGGCUCUGGGCGCCACGAACACCCUGGUCACAGACAUCAAGGAGAGCCGUCUGGAACUAGCCAAGAAGAUGGGCGCCGACCACACGCUGCUUGUGGGCUCCGGAACCUCGCAGAGCCAGGCCAAGCAGGUGCACCAGAUGAUGGGCUGCGAGCCAGACGUCACCAUGGAGUGCAGCGGCUCCCAGGCGGGAAUCUCCCUCGCAAUAUAUGCAACCAAGUCUCGAGGGAAGGUGAUGCAGGUGGGCCUAAGCGGUCCUGAGGUCACCGUGCCCUUGGUGCACGCCGGCGUGCGGGAGGUGGACAUCAUGGGCGUCUUCCGCUACCUUAACACCUACCCCAUCGCCAUAGACCUGUUGGCCAAGAAGCUGGUAGACGUGAACCCUCUCAUCACGCACCGCUUCAAGUUUGAGGAGUUCCAGAAGGCCUUUGACAUGUUCUACAAAGGGGAGGACGGGGCAGUCAAGUGUAUGAUUUCCUGUUAGUUGCCAAGGCGGCAUCCAACCAGGACGGAGACCAGGAGUGAGCACCAAGGCCCUUUCCACAAACUUUGCUCGAGCAACUUUUGAAGCCUUAGAUCAUCAAGGCUGAUGCACACACACAGCAGUUGCUCCAUUGUUCUUGGCCACCACCAAGGAAGACUGACAUACAAAUGACCUAAUAUGGGUGAGAAAGACGCUGAGUCUGUUGAUAAAGGGACCUUAAUGCUCUCCAUGUUUGUUUCUUGAGCAGUUUCUUUUAUUUGGUGACUGUCUCUGUCUGCCGUAUCUGGACGCACUUGUCAUCGGGUGUGGCUGACUUCGGACGGUUGUAACGCUAUUAAAGAAAACAUAAUAAACAUACCAACACA